UAUUCGUUUGUAGUACGUAGCACGAUGACUGGCGUGGGUAGAUGAGUACAUACAUUGCACAUUAGGUAGGUAUAGGUUUAGGUAGGUAGGUACUCGAAUGUACCUAUUUCUAGCAACGACGUACAAGAACCUACAGAGUAAACUUGUACGAUAUGGUAAUGUCAGUGCACUGUUCUGAUUCAAGGAGACCAGUUUAGUUAGGUUUUUUCGUGUGUCGAUUGCUAUACUACGUGAUCGUGGAUACAGUUUCAUAUCAAUUACAAGAUUGUUGUUCGAAUAUCAACGAUGGCAGAUUUUAAUUUCAAAAUUAUUCAAGUUACUCCGGCUGAUAAGCAAAGAAUUGGCGCUUUUCUACACGUGGCUUACUAUCCCGAUGAUCCUGUCUUGAAUGCGAUGCGUGUUGACGAAGUUGAUCCCGGUCAAGACGAGCACGUACUUGGUAUCAUUGAUGAUGGAUAUUCGUACGCGGCUGUUGACGAUAAUGGAAUGAUUUUAGGAGUUCUGCUUAUGGGAGAAGUUAAUCGAGACUGUUACUCUAAUCGAAGAAAAGAGAUGGAAAAAUGCUCGUCGGAGUAUUUCUUGAAACUUUUGAAAUUCUACGAAACGAUGGAACUAGGCGCCAAAAUUCUCGAAGUUAGCCAAUACGAUAAAGGAAUAGAAUUUCAUAUCGCUGCAGUAUUACCAAAGGCUCGAAGGAAAGGUAUUCUAAGGGCUUUAUUUCAACACGGUACCGAGGUGGCGAAAAAUAGCGGUUAUAAGCUCGUAAUUUGUACUUGUGCUAGUCAAUUUACCGCCAAUUUGUGUCAAUCUUUACAAUGGAGUUGUGUGUAUUGCCUACCUUAUAUUUAUUUCGAGCAAGAUGGAGAGAGAGUGUUCAAGAAUCCGAUAUCGCCUCAUUUGUAUACUCGAAUUUAUACUCGGUAUUUGUAAUCCGAGGAGUGAUUAUGUUUAUCACAUGAAUUGUGCAUCGAUAAGUGUUUUAUUUUUCGACGAAUGUUGGAAAUUUUCCAAGUAUUGUAGGGUUUGUAAAAUUUUGCCAUAAGGUGGAUACAUUUUGAUGCAAUCGUGUUAGAAUUUUAGCGAAUUGUUUCGUUUUUUGAUUAUUCGAAGUGAUUUUUUGGCUCAAUGUAUUCAAACGUUAGGUUUUUUUUUCAUUAGAAUACGAUUCGGAUAUUAAAUCGAUUGUUAGGUUCCAUUCUAAAUUUUGCACUCCUGUUGGAAGUUUUAAAAACGAUGGACAACAAAAUUUUUCAUAGAUGGAGGAAUGGAGAAGAAUUGGCUCGACUUUUGGUUAAAAUUUUACACAUAUUUUUCUAAUGCAAAAAUGUUGAAAAAAAUAACCAAAAUUUUAGAAAAUCUUGAUUAAAAAAAAAAUUUGUUCAAGAACUCUCAAAACGAUAAUUGUGAUUUUAAAACAAAAUUUGGAAAUGUUCGCCUGUUAAAUUAGAUAUUUAGUUUCCUAAUGAAAACCUAGAUUUUUAUUUAUACUCUUCGUAAUUUUAUUUUUGAAACAUAUAAAAAUUAAAAAUAUUUCGAAUCAAUUUUUAUUGAUUGCUGACUUUCUAGUCAAAUUGUCAAUUUUUUUAAAUUACAUAGUACUUUCUCUUCA